GACUUGCUUUCUCUGAUUUACAGCAGAGAAAAGCUGCUAAGAUGAUCACGCAAUCCAAAAUCAUGAAACUACUGUUGCUGUUUCUCCUUUCUGUUGUCGCCGUUAAAUCCCAGGCUGCUGCUGACUAUGAUGAGGAAGAGGAGGUAACCACAAAUGCAACUCCGGUUGACGGCGAUGGAGUAGAUGUACGAGGUCACAGGCCACUAAACAAAAAACGGGAGCCAUAUCCAACUCUCCGACCAGCUCCUCUUCCUCCCAGUAGUGGCUUUAGAUAUCGGGCUCGUCCAACCAAACCACCUGUGGCUGGCCAAAAAAGAGAGCAGAUUGUAUUCCCUGACCAUGGAGGCUGCAAACACAUGUCGGAAGAGCUGGGAGUCUUAUGUCCAACUGGAUGUGAGCUGCGGACUGCGCUGCUGAAACAGGAAAGGACAGUGAAGCCAACUGUGCAGGAUCUAACAGACAAAGUGCAGAAGCUAGAGCAGUCCACUUCAACUAUCUAUUCCUAUACCCAUCUGCUGGAUGAGAGGCUAUCAAAGAAACAGAAACAAAUACUAGAUAACCAGAAUGUAAUUUCUCAAUACAACAAGGAGGUUGAGGAGCACUACACUUUCAUCAAAGAUAACCUAGACAACAACAUCCCAUCUAACCUGCGACUCCUUCGUUCAGUCGUGGAUAGUUUGCAAAGGAAAAUACAAGAGCUGCAAAAAACUGUCACUUCUCAGUUGCAAGACUGUCGCACUCCCUGUACGGUUUCAUGCAAUAUACCUGUGGUGUCUGGCAAAGAGUGUGAAGACAUAAUUCGGAAAGGAGGUGAAACAUCUGAGAUGUAUCUCGUCCAACCGGAUCCUAUGUUUAAACCAUACAGAGUUUAUUGCGACAUGAAAACAGACAAUGGAGGCUGGCUUCUUAUUCAAAACCGCCAAGAUGGCAGUGUUAACUUUGGAAGAACAUGGGAUUCCUAUAAAAAAGGGUUUGGAAAUGUUGCAUCCAGUGGUGGAAAGAACUAUUGUGACACCCCUGGUGAAUAUUGGCUUGGAAAUGACAAAAUCAGCCAGCUUACCAAAAUGGGACCCACUGAGCUUUUAAUCGAACUGGAAGACUGGAAUGGUGAUAAGGUUAAAGCACAAUAUGGAGGAUUCAGCAUUCAGGGGGAAGCAAACAAGUAUCAGCUCUCAGUUAGUAACUACAGGGGCACAGCUGGAAACGCCUUGUUAGAAGGAGCGUCGCAGCUGUAUGGCGAAAACCGAACAAUGACAAUCCACAAUAGCAUGUUCUUCAGCACUUUCGACAGAGACAAUGAUGGCUGGCCAAAUCCAGACCCAAAGAAACAGUGUUCCAAAGAAGACGGUGGUGGCUGGUGGUACAAUCGCUGUCAUUCCGCCAAUCCAAAUGGCAGAUACUACUGGGGUGGGCAUUAUACCUCAGAAAUGGCGAAACACGGAACAGAUGAUGGCAUGGUAUGGAUGAAUUGGAAAGGGUCCUGGCAUUCACUGAAGAAAGCCAGCAUGAAGAUUAGACCAGUCAUCCAACAAUAGCGCUCAUUAUUUAAAUAAACAGUGGCAAUUUUUUGUGCUCAUGUCUGUUUCAUGAUAUAUUUGAGCCUAACUUUGCAUUAAAGCAUUAAUUGGCAAACACA